CGGUGAUCCGACACGCUACGCUUGCGCAGAAAGAAAACAAUCCAAUAUGUCUGACACCUGUCAAAACAACAAUUGUCAAUAAUCCGGUAAUUGGGACAGGUAUAUUAGAAGUUUCAGGACUUAUACAUAGGAAAAAAAGUAACAACUAUUUAUAGAUAUAAAGUUUGAUAGAUUUACACAAAACAUCAAAAUGGCUGAAAUGUCAAGGUUAGAUACACUGUUUAAAAACAGGCACAAAAUGAAACAUUCAAAGCUUGCCAUUACUGGAGAUAAUUCUAAGGUGUUGGGAAGGAUCACUGACAUGCGGACGGAGAAAGUUCGGGACUCUGAGAAGUUUCAUACCAACAAAAUGAAAACACACAAUAGUGCCUGGACUCCUAUAGUGAAUAAGGCAUCAAAUGAACAGAUAUUUUUAGAAAGGAGGGAUCUUGUCUCCAACUGGUUUGAUUUAUGGACAGACUCUCAGAGAAAGCGAUUCUUUGACCUUGUGUUCCGUCAGUGUUCACGUAGACAGUAUAAGUUUAUACAGGACUGGUUUGAGGAAUGUGUGCCCCUACAGCAUCUAGAUUUCACUACUGUACUGCCCAGAUUUCUUGCCCUCUAUGUGAUGUCAUUUCUUGAACCAAAAAGUCUUAGUCGCUGUAGUCAAGUGUCAUGGCAUUGGAAGUUUCUUUCUGAUCAGGAUGUAUUGUGGAUGCCAAAGUGUAUGAAGUAUGGCUGGUUCCUACCUUAUUCACCAUCAGAAUAUGACUAUGGUUGUUGGAAGAGACAUUAUAUAGCAUGUGUGAAAACUAUGGACUAUGUCAAUGCCAAUAACUCUAUGUAUGGUAUGAGAAGUGAUGGAAGGGCAUUGAUGCCAAAGAAAUCAACAAAGAAGGACUUAAGUCUUGUUGAAAGCAAUAAAAUGUUGACGUCACGACCACCAUGGAGUGGACCAGAUUAUCAUCCCAAAGAUUUAGACAAGAAUAUGUUUGCAUUCUUACAUGAUUUUAAUCCUAAUGAACCGAGUAUGCCCAAAUCAGCUUUAUUAUUCCACAAUCGUUGGGGUAUACUAAAGAAGAAAUCCAAUGUAACGACUACACCAGAAAUGGAACUUGGUCUGACAACACAGAGAAGGAGAGAAAGACAUAGAGCCCUAACUUCAGGAGAAGACUAUGAUUUACUACAGACAGGCAGGUCAAUGACCUUGACAGAGAGUCUUAGAGAUGAUCUUGUCAAUCUGAAGGAGCAAAGAAUGAAUGAACUGGUCAACACACAGUGGUAUCCUCCUAGCAGAACUACACAGAGAAGACCAAACCUUGCUGGCAGUCAGUCUGUAUACCCAGGUACAUUAAAGGGGACAAGAAGAGCCUCGUUACUGGGUACAGAACGUCCACAAAAUCCAAGGGUCAUCUUUAUAUCAUCAAGAGUACCUGCUAGCGAGUUACUGUUAGAUGCAGUUCUGUUUGGUGUCAUCCCUAUAGUGUAUGAGUAUGAAGGUACCAGUCAAGAGACUCUCAGUCUUAGGCUGGAACAAGUUCUACAGGGCAGAAAUGCACAGAGUAUAGGAAUAUUUACACAUGCUGAGUUGCCAGGGGAGAUUAGACUGGCACAUGGAUGUAACAUCAGUCUAGAGAACAUGGAUUACCCAGAAGCCCGAGAAUUCUUUGAGACUGUGUCUAGUCAUGUACUUCCUUCAGAGAUGGGAGGACAGUUUGAUAUAUUUGCACCUUUAGCUGCUUCAGAGUUAGGUAUGGAGUUAAUGGUACAGCUAACUGUCCUGACUGGAAUUCAGUUCUCAAGUCCUACAGGCAUCAUAGGGCAAUACAAUCAUGUGAACACAGAAUGGUGUUUACCAUAUAAAGAAGGUCCCCCACCAGAACAAUAUUUCUGUACUAGUAAGCUCAAUGUCUGGGCAAAUACAGCGGACCAGGCACUGGAAGCUUUGGGAAAAUGUAAACAGGUUCUAACACCUUACUUUGAGACAGCACAUAGAGAUAUAGCGGCACAGUUAGCAGGUGAAGUUAUAUUUGGUGUUCUCGGGCAAACAGACAUACGAGGGGUGAAAAAUAUUACUACUGCACUGACAGAGGGACUGUGUGAACUUGGCAACCAAAAUGGGGUAAAUCCAUUGGAGUUCCUAGGUGAAUAUCUUCUACAGAAAGCAGGUGUAAAUGACCUCAACUUUACCAGUACUAAACAGAAACUGCAGCCACUCAAGGACAGUUAUGAUGAUGAUGAGGAAGAAGUGGAGGAAGAAGAAGAGGAUGAAAAUCGGGACAAGUUUGAUGAGACAACAAGAACAUACGCACAGACACGAGACUGGGACCAGGAUGAGGAUGCCGACGGUGAGGCGAGGAAAGACGAGGGGUCGGAGAAGGAAACAAAGAGACAUAGACAUAAAGAUGAGAAGAGAAAAGUGGUGUUGAGAACACAAGAGAUGAGUCAGAAGUUUGGUACUUUGAGAGCUACUGGAAAAUUAGAAAGAUUGACAACACAGAAAUAUAGUGAUCAUCCUGAGAAGAGAACACCUAUCGCCAUGGAGAUGGUCUCUAGUGAAGUGGAGUACAACAGAGUACUGACUGCCAUCAAAAAUGUCUACUUUAAACCUCUAAAUGCUGCUCUUAGAUCUAACAGAGCAAUUAUCAGUAAUCAAAAUCUACAGAUUAUUUUCACGGAUGUAUUGGCUAUACUUGACAUCAGCAAUGAUUUAAAGGACAAUCUUCAGAAUCGUUUGUUAGAGUGGGAUGCCCAGGAAACGUGUGUUGGAGAUAUAUUUGUCAAGUUCUGCACAAGGUUGAAGGUUUAUACAAACUUUGUGAAUAAUAACGAGGUUAUUCUCCGCUGUAUAGAGAGAUCUAAAGAACAGACACCUGCAUUUAGAGCUUUCCUGGCGAGAAAUGACAGGACACCCGAGACUAAGAUGUUAACACUACAGGAGAUGUUGUUACUGCCAUCAAGGAGGAUAAAUGAGUAUGUAACAUUAUUGAGCUGGUUCGAGCUUCACACGCCCAAGUCACACCAGGACCGAGCUGACCUCGCCGAUGCUAUAAGUACACUCACUGAACUAGAGAAAUGUAUAAAUGAGUGUAAAAUGAGGAUGGAGAGAGACAAGGAGCUGAUAGAAUUACAGAGAAAAAUACAAAACUGCCCGGCUUUGUUGGAAGCUAACAGAUACCUGAUUAAACAUUUAGAUGCAAAGCAACUGAAUCCACCAAAGAAAUCUUCAGAAAUACCAGAAUUACAGGUUUACCAGCAUGCUGCUAUAUUUGGAUUGUUUUUGUUCAAUGAUGCGCUUGUGUUGACACGAAGAACAUCUAAAAACUUUCCGUUCAGUCGAGCGAUUGAGUACAACUUCAAGUUUGAGGCCAGUGUCUCCCUCAAUAGACUGCGUGUACAUGACAUGCCAGAUUCUAAAGACUUGAAGAAUGCAUUCAAGAUGGAAACCCCAAAACAACAGUGGGUAUUCUCCACAGAAACAUCAGAGGAGAAAUUUAACUGGAUAAGCUUAGUGGAACAAUCAGUGCGCGCUGCCUUACAGGGUUAAUCCAACAUGUCAAAUAGAAUCCGGUGUCUGAAUCUUGCAAUUAUUUAAUUUGAAAACAUUGUACAAUUUUAAUUACGCAUAAAAACAGUUAUCAGGGAUUUUAUUAAUCUUAACUGCCAUACUGUCCUAGAUAUGAAUAUCUAUGUUAAUUUCCUGAUGUUUAUACCUAUAAAAAAGGUAAUAUAUUUUUAGAUAGUAAAUUAUUGCAUUACAUAAAUGAGUGGUAUUUCGUAGGGCAAUCGCUUGAAUUAAUAACACACAACUCAUGCAAUAAAGCUGUAAGUGGUAAAGUUAUGAGUAUUUAUGGCAAUUGCUGUAUAGUUUCAAAUCUAAUGUAAGAAUGAUUCUUUUUAGAAAGGGCUGUCACCUGGGCUUUUCAGCUUUAAAAAGAAUCUGUGUCACUUCAAAAGAAAUCUUAUCUUCAUUAUUUGAAUAUUCAUGUGCUUGUUUGUUUUCUAGGUUUGUUUCCAAAUUGACAUUAGUUUCUAGCUUCCAGCUGGCAUAUGUUUUUGAAGUAUGAAGUCCAUUGUAAUAGUUAUAACCAUUGACGUUAGAUAAUAGCUUUCUCUACUGUAUUAUUUUUGAAGGCUUAUUGAAGAUAGACUGUGAUAGUGUUUAGUGUGAUUUAAGUUAUUUGUUAUGCAAUGCUACAUAUUAUAUUUACUGCCAAUUAGUAAUCCAGUAUUAAAAUUGUAUGUAGUUUUUUUCUGUCAUUUACAUGUAUUUAUAUAAAUUUGCACAUAUCAUUGUUUGUUAAAUGUAGUGUCCAUUGACUAUUGUCCUGUCUGAAAAUAUUUUGUACAAUAGUUUACAAAAUGUGUAGUUGUAUAUAAUUAGAAUUAUUCAUAUUUAGCUGUGAUAUGUUUCAAUGUAACAAAACUUACAACUGUAUGUUAAUUGCUCUUCUAAUAAGCUUUAACUAAUAAGCAAAAAACUCCAGACAAAAUUCUAUAAUCCAUUUCCACAUAAUAUUUAUAUGAAACAUUUUAUUUAAAACAGCAUGCCUCCAGAUUCAUGCUUAUUAUCAUGAAAAUUUUGAAAAUGUACCAUAGUUACACGCAAAAUAUUUCGAAAAUGAACAAAGGAAGUGACUGACAUUGCAGUUAUACCUACAAUCCACACUGCAGUAACAAUAAAAUCUGGUAGCUUAGUUUCCCUAUUAUCAUAGUCUCUUGUCUGGUUGUUUAGGUUACAAUAUUGUUAUAGGUACAAAAAGUAUUUCUAUAAAGAUGAAUUUUCAAUGUAUACCAUAGCUAUUUGACAAUAUUUUGCAUUAUGUUUUAUUUAUUAUGCCACCGCAGCAUCUGCAAUGUGGUGGCAUAUAGCAAUUCACCUGUGUGUGUGUGUGUGUAUGUGUAUUCUAUAGAUUAUAUAGUGAACUUAAAAAAUCUUCUUGUGAAAAACCACUAGUCCAAUUUCAACCAAACUUGGCAGGAUUGAUCCUUGGGUGAAGGGCUUCCAAAGUUGUUCAAAGAAUUUCAUUCCAUGCAGAAAUCUGGUUGCCAUGGCAACCAAAAGGAAUUAUAAGAAUAAAUUUAAAAAAUCUUCUUGUAAAGACCCAAAAGGCCUAGAGCUUAGAUAUUUUUGCAUAAGGCAUUGUCUGGCAGACCUCUACCAAGAUUGUUCAAAUUAUAGCCCUGGGGUCAAAAUCGGCCCCGCCCCGGGGGUCAUUGAUUUUCACUAUAUGUACAUAUAGUAAAAACUUAAAAUACCUUCUUGUCUGAAGGUACAAGGCUUAGAGGUUUGAUAUUUGGUAUGUGUUAUUAUCUAUAGGUACUCUACCAAAUUUUGCCUCUAUUGUCAAAAUCAGCCCCGCCCCGGGGGUCAUAGGUUUUCCUUAUAUGUAUAUAGUAAAACUUUUAAAAAAAUUCUUCUAGCAAUUGACAAAUGCUAGAGAUUAGAUAUUUUGCAUGAAACAUUGUGUAGUUCACCUCUACUAAGAUUGUUCAAAUUAUAGCCCUAGGGUCAAGAUUGGUCCCACCCCAGGGGUUAUUGAUCUUCAAUAUGUACAUAUAGUAAAAAAUCAAAAAAUCUUAUUGUCUGAAGGUACAAGGCUUAGAGCUGUAAUAUUUGUUGUAUGAUAUCAUCUUUAGGUACUCUACCAAAGCUGUUCUAAUUUUACCUCUAGUGUCAAAAUUAGUCUGCCCCGGGUUCAUAGGUUUUCCUUAUAUGUAUAUAGUUAAAACUUAAAAAAUCAUCUUCUCUAAAUUGACAAAGGCUAGAGGUUAGAUAUUUUGCAUGAAACAUUGUGUAGUGAACCUCUAGCAAGAUUGUACAAAUUAUAACCCUGGGGUCAAAAUUGGCUCCACGCCCGGGGGUCAUUGAUUUUCAUAUAGUAAAAAAUCUAAUUGUCUGAAGGUACAAGGUUAGAGCUCUGAUAUUUGGUAUAUAAUAUUAUCUAUGGGUCCUCUACUAAAGUUGUUUUAAUUAUGCCCCUAGUGUUAAAAUUGCCCUGCCCCAGAGGUGAUGUUUUCCCUCAUAUGUAUAAAGUAAAAAACUUGAAAACUCAUCUUCUCUGAAUUGACAAAGGCUAGAGGUUAAAUAUUUGGCAUGGGACUUUGCGAAGUGAACCUCUACCAAGAUUGUUCAAAUUAUAGCCCUGGGGUCAAAAUUGGCUCCGCCAAGGGGUCAUUGAUUUUUAUUAUGUACAUAUAGUAAAAAAAUAAAAAAUCUUUUUGUCUGAAGGUACAAGGCAUAGAGCUUUGAUGUUUGCUAUAUAAUAUCAUCUAUAGGUCCUCUACCAAAGUUGUUCAAAUUUUUCCCCUGGUGUCAAAAUUGGCCCUGCCCGGGGGCAUUGAUUCUCUUUAUAUACACAAAGUAAAAACAGAAACUAAAACAAAUGUUUUCUGAAUUGGAGAAAGCUACAGCUUAGAUAUUUGACAUGAAAUGUUGUUUGGUGGACCUGUAGCAAGAUUGUUUUGAAUUAAACCUUUGGGUCAAAAUUUUUCCUUGCCCAAGGGAACAGUGACCUACUAUCUUGUCCUUGGAUGUACAGCAAUGAAAGUUUGACCAUUUGCACAGUUUUAGUUGUAAAAUUGAACUUUGAUAUCAGGUGACCUAGAUUUUGAUAAUGUGACCUACUUUCUUGUCCUUUGAUGUACAGCUAUGAAAUUUGAACCAUGUGCACAGUUUAAGAUGUAAAGUGAACUUUGAUAUCAGCUGACCUAGAUUUUGACAAAGUGUCUUACUGUGUUGUCCUUUGAUGUAGUCAUGAAAUUUAGGCUGUGUGAAAUAUGACCUUCACCACCCAAUUCACUAGACUGAACUGCAUUGAUAUAUUCCUACUCUGAUCUUUUAUUUGAAUAACAAUAGAUUUAACCACUAAUCUGAUAAUAAGAAUUAGAUAGGUCUGGGAUCUAUGCAUUAUGACAAUCUUCAAUUGUAUAGAAACAAAAAAAUCUGUUCCUACACUACUAUUUAGUGUAGUAUUAAUGCGGUUGCAUAGCAUUUUUCACAAAUGCAAUCUUGUUUUGCUUACUAUUAUUGUAUGCAUGUUUUAUAAAGCACUCUGUGAUAAUAAUUUGCACUUUUAACUGUCUAGAUACAUUGUGAUGUAUUUAAAUUCUUUGUAGUGCAAUUAAUAAGAAUCUUUUAUAUUUUUAUUAACAUUUUCAUUUAGAAUUCCAUGUUAUUAUAUAUGCAGAAUUUGUUGUAGCUUGAAUGUGCAUGGUCUCCUAGCACAGUUAUAUACAUGUAGCCAUUAUUCUGGUAGCAGGAAUAAUGACUGUGAAUGACACAAGAAAAGAGCCAUGUCAGAAUUCACAUCUAAAGCCUGACAGACUCUAGUUGGUGGUAUUGGUAGUUUUUACGUAAUCCACAUUGAAUUUAUCAGAGCACAUUUCAGCUACCACACCAUUCCUGGGCAAGCAGUUUACCAGUACUCGUUGCCUUCACUUUCGCAAAGAACUGAAACUUUUGUACAUGCCAGAGCAGUCAGGUUCAAUGCAAAUGACCAUAGAAAGGAUAUCAUGAUCAAUCACAAUGAAAGUGACCUGCAACGUCCGGAAAUUGAACUUGGAUCGCCCGAUUCACAGACCAACGUUCUACCUAUUAAGCUAACCGGACAGCUCUAUGCUGUUGGCGAAUCUAUUAUGAUAUAAUCUCCAUUCAAAGAGACUCCACUUACUUUAUUUGUCAUGAUAGGACUGGAAACAGUUUUUUUUUUUAGAUUUGCGUAGCAUUUGAUGUAGGUUUGGACCAAUGACUUUCUCCCAAUAGGCAAUUUUUCAGAAUAAUAAUUUUUAUUAUGCAAAAUUAUCCCAAAAAUGUAAAGCAUUGCAAUGCUUUUCAACCAAAUUGGGCCCAGAAUCUCUCAAAGUAUGAAUUUCAAAUUUAAUUUUUUAGGCUUUUUGAUGUCAUUGGAGCUCUUCAAGAUUUAGUGUUAUUGUUGUUUUUAGUGAUAAUGUUUUCAGCCUAGCAAUAUAUGAAAUGAAGUGAUAUUUAUUUAUACAUUUUGUGUAUUUUGUUUUGCUUCUGUUCUUAUGAUUGUUAUUAUAUAGGGUGCUUGUUGGUUUGUUAUGUUUGAAUCCAUGAUUGUUUUGUUUGUUUUUUUAUUUAAUAUUAAAGAAAUUAAGUUUACACAGACCAUCUCACAAAUCACAGUUUCAUUUGUUGUUUUUUUUCAUUUUUACAAUUAUGAAAAAAAAAAUGUUUGUUUUGGAAGAAGUUGAUCAUGAUUUUAGCACUGUUGGUGUUUAUACUCUUUCCUUAUUAUUUCCAUAUUAUCUAAAUGUGUCAAGCAAAAUGCAUUUGAAAGACUUUUUGUUACUGAUAAUGUUUUAAUGCAUUUAUUGCAAAAAUUGCUUUAUUGUGUUAAAGAAUUUACUUUAUCUCUUUAGUUUGAUACUGAAAAAUUUCUUUAAAUCAAUUUCUGGCUGCAAAAAAUAUGCAUAUGAAAAAUUAAGCCAGACUGGCAUACACAAUUCACCUGCACUACUGGUUGCUUUGAUAUCGAUAACUCAAACAAAAAAACAGGUCAAAAACAUGUAUACUCUCCUACUU